CACCCCCAAUCCUUAUAAUCUGCACUAAAAACCACAUUCUAAACAUUAAAGUCUUCAAAAAUCAAAUCUUUCACCUUCUUCCCACCUUCUUUUCUUGAACAUCAAAAAGAAAGAACCUUAAAGGCUUCAUCUUUUGGGUUCUUGUCACAUACCCACAUAAGAAAGAUUGCCAUUAAACAACAUGCAAAAGGGUGUGUGUUUAUGGGUGGUGUUGGUUAGUUUUUGCUUCAUUUUUGUGGAUUCAAGAGGUGAAAAUGGGAGGCUUUUGAUUGAUGGGAAAAGUAGGAUUGCAGAGACUGAUAAUGAUUUUGUAUGUGCUACAAUGGAUUGGUGGCCACCAGAGAAGUGUGAUUAUGGUACUUGUAGCUGGGAUCAUUCUUCCCUACUCAAUGUGGAUCUUAAAAACAAAAUCUUCAAGAAUGCCAUCAGCGCUUUUUCUCCAUUAAAGAUCAGAUUAGGAGGUACAUUGCAAGAUAAAGUGAUCUACCAAACCAAAAAUCACCAAGAACCCUGCAACAACCCCUUCCUCAAAAACACCUCUGAAUUAUUCGGUUUCACUAAGGGUUGUUUGUCUUUAUCCAGAUGGGAUGAUCUCAAUAGAUUCUUCCAAGAUACCAGGGCUGUGGUUACUUUUGGACUGAAUGCUCUCGUUGGAAAAACCGUGCUUGCCGAUGGUUCUGCUUUUGGUGCUUGGGACUCGACCAAUGCUGAAGCUUUAAUGCGUUACACGGUUAAAAAGAACUACACCAUCUACGGUUGGGAGCUUGGGAAUGAGUUAAGUGGAAAUGGAAUUGGAGCGCGUAUAUCAGCGUCACAGUAUGCCCACGACACAUUGACCCUCUACAAAAUGGUGCACCGUGUUUACAAGGGUAUCGAACCUAAGCCAUUAAUCAUUGCACCCGGAGGUUUCUUUAAUCCAAAAUGGUUCACGAAAUUUUUAAACAAAACAUCCAGGACCCUCAACGCGGUCUCUCACCACAUCUACAGUCUCGGCUCAGGGAUGGAUGGAAAUCUAACAGCAAGAAUUCUUGAUCCAUCUUAUCUUGAUGACGCGGGCAAAAUUUUCAAGCAACUUGAAUCCACAAUUAACGCUUCUUCAUCUUCAGCAUCGGGUUGGGUUAGUGAGGCUGGCGGGGCUUAUAAUAGUGGUCAAAAUCUUGUUACUAACGCGUUUGUAUUCAGUUUCUGGUACUUGGAUCAGCUAGGGAUGUCAUCUAUUUACGACACAAAAACAUACUGCAGACAAUCUUUGAUAGGAGGAAACUAUGGCUUACUAAAUACUACUACCUUUGAGCCGAAUCCAGACUACUACAGCGCGCUUCUUUGGCACCGGUUAAUGGGAAAAAAAGUUCUGUCAACAAGAUUUUUAGGCACCAAGAAAAUACGCGCUUAUGUACAUUGUGCCAAAGAAUCGAAGGGAGUAACGAUAUUACUGAUGAAUCUAGGCAAUAGCACCACCGUAAAUGUAAAAUUGUCGGUUAACAGCAUUUGGAGGCUACACAAACACAGGCCUCAUACACACCAUCAGCAUAAGACAAUGCAUUCUGAUUCAGAGUCGAAACAUACAAAGAUGGGCGUAAUAAGAAAACGAACACGAGCAGAAUAUCAUUUGACAGCAAAAGAUGGAAACCUGCAUAGUAAAGUGAUGAUGUUGAAUGGUAAAGAAUUGAGAGUAAAUUCAUAUGGUGAGAUACCAUCAUUGAGGCCUCUAUAUGUGAAUUCUUUGAAGCCCAUAAGUGUACAUCCUCAUUCUAUUGUAUUUGCACAUAUCCCACAUUUUGCAUUGUAUGCUUGCAAUAGUUAGGUAGGAGAGAAGAUGGGGCCUAUAAUUUGUUCUGAAUUGUUUAUAGAAUUUUUUAUAGAAGAAUUAUCAUGCACAAAAAAAAUGUAAAGACACAUAUAUGUUCAUAGCAAAAGAAAUAUUGAUGAAGUUUUCAAAACAA